AUGGCCGAUUCUUUGACCGAGGAGCAGGUUUCCGAGUACAAGGAGGCCUUCUCUCUUUUCGACAAGGAUGGUGAUGGCCAGAUCACCACCAAGGAGUUGGGUACCGUUAUGCGCUCUCUGGGCCAGAACCCUUCCGAGUCGGAGCUCCAGGACAUGAUCAAUGAGGUUGAUGCCGACAACAACGGCACCAUUGAUUUUCCCGAGUUCCUCACCAUGAUGGCUCGGAAGAUGAAGGAUACCGACUCUGAGGAGGAAAUCCGAGAGGCUUUCAAGGUUUUCGAUCGUGACAACAACGGUUUCAUUUCCGCCGCGGAGCUGCGCCACGUGAUGACUUCGAUCGGUGAGAAGCUUACCGAUGACGAGGUUGAUGAGAUGAUCCGUGAGGCGGAUCAGGAUGGUGACGGCCGGAUUGAUUACAACGAGUUCGUCCAGCUCAUGAUGCAAAAAUAA